UCAAUUGCUCCCCAUUCCUCAUUUUGCUUAAGCGAUUCAGAGAUAUCAUCAUCAACAGCUGCUUUGCGUUUCUCAGAGAACACAUCAGAACAAUUCGCGCAAUUCAAAACGAUGACGACCAUAGAGAUGAGAGUUCACAUGGAUUGCCCCGGAUGUGAGAGCAAGAUUAGAAAAGCUCUUCUCAAGCUUAAAGGAGUGGAGAAUGUAGAGAUCGACAUGGAGAUGCAGAAAGUGACAGUGACUGGAUGGGCGGAGCAGAAGAAGGUUCUAAAGACGGUCCGAAAGGGCGGAAGAAGGGCCGAGAUAUGGCAGCUCCCCCACAAUCCUCACUACCAAAACUUCACCGAUAUUCAGCAGUAUCAGCAGCAACACUCCAUCGGCUAUGCUCCCCAGCCAUCGUCUUCCUACAACUACUACAAACAUGGAUACGAUUACGGCCACGCUCCUGCUCAAUCCACCAUGCUUGGGCACCACACAGGCGCCGCCUUCAGCGAUGAGAAUCCUCAUGCUUGUUCCAUCAUGUAGAGCCAUAUAUAUAUAACACGAUUCUGUAACGUGUGUGUGUAAUAUAAUUUGUCGAUGGCUUCAUCAAAUUUUAAUUGUGUUUUCAUCAGUAUCUAGUGUUAAUAAUUAUUCUAUUACAUAUGAAGUGGCUUUUCAUUUUCUUUUUAUUUUUUUUAUAACAAUAUGUA